AACUAAAACCAUAUGUUCUUUUGGUCGUGGUCCUUCUUCUACCUAUCAAACGAGCUGAAAAUCAUCUAAGCUCCUUAUAUACAGAGUUCACCCAAAACACUUCAAAGAAACAUUAAUGGCUUCACCAACUCCAGCUGCGCAUCACCCACUUAGCAUUGACAUGUCCGAUCUUCAGCAAAAGCAGAGUACUGAACAAGAGUUUCACUUAAAGAACCAGAGUGCCAAAUGGGUUCUUAAUUCACCAGAUCCUCCUGGAUUUGGCCAACACAUGUUUGACAUGAUAAAAAAGAACGUAUGCCCUCAAAGAAACAGUAUACCUUCGUCAGCAUCAUUGUCUCCGAAGAAGCAGCCACUUUCCUCGCACGUCAUUGCGCUUUUGACUUGCGUAUUUCCUGUACUUGACUGGGGUAGAAACUACAAAGCUUCGAAAUUCAAGAAGGACUUGAUUGCUGGGUUGACUCUUGCUAGCUUAAGCAUUCCUCAGAGUAUUGGUUAUGCUGCUUUAGCUAAUCUAGAUCCUCAAUACGGCCUAUAUGGAAGUGUUGUCCCUCCUUUGAUAUAUUCUGUAAUGGGGACUUCUCGAGAAUUAGCUAUUGGUCCAGUAGCUGUGGUGUCGCUUCUGAUAUCUUCGAUGAUCUCAAAACUAGUUGAUCCCACAGUUGAUCCUGUAUCCUACAGAAAACUUGUUUUCACAACCACGUUCUUUGCGGGAUGUUUUCAAGCACUUUUUGGAUUGCUUAGGUUAGGUUUUCUUAUUGAUUUUCUAUCGCAUGCCGCCAUUGUAGGGUUCAUGGCAGGUGCAGCCAUUGUUAUAGGUCUUCAACAACUCAAGAGUUUACUCGGGAUUAGUCAUUUUACUACUAAAACUGAUGUCUUGUCUGUCUUAGAAGCCGUUGCUAAAUCAUUUCAUACUACAUGGUAUCCUUUGAAUUUUGUUCUUGGAUGUUCCUUCCUUAUUUUCAUCCUCAUUACCAGAUUUAUCGGAAAAAGGAACACGAAGUUAUUCUGGUUACCCGCCAUUUCUCCAGUUAUAUCGGUCAUAUUAUCCACUUUGAUAGUAUAUUUAACAAGAGCAGAUGAACAUGGGAUUAAAAUCAUUAAGCAUUUCAAAGGAGGAUUAAAUCCAAGUUCAGUCAGCCAAUUGGAGUUCAAUGGUCCACACCUCGGUGAAACAGCCAAAAUUGGUUUCGUUUGUGCCAUUAUUGCCUUAACGGAAGCUGUUGCUGUUGGUCGAUCUUUUGCUUCCAUUAAUGGGUAUAAUCUAGAUGGUAACAAGGAAAUGCUCGCAAUGGGCUGCAUGAACAUCGCUGGAUCUAUGUCUUCUUGCUAUGUUGCCACUGGAUCAUUUUCGCGAACAGCUGUAAAUUUUAGCGCAGGGUGUCAAUCUACAGUAUCAAAUAUAGUAAUGGCGAUAACUGUGUUCAUAUCAUUACAAUUGUUAACGAAGCUAUUAUAUUACACUCCUCUUGCCAUACUUGCUUCGAUCAUCUUGUCUGCACUUCCUGGAUUAAUCGAUUACAAUGAAGCUUACCAUAUUUGGAAAGUUGACAAAAUGGACUUCCUUGCAUGCGCUGGGGCUUUCUUUGGUGUGUUAUUUGCAUCAGUCGAGAUCGGUCUUUUAGUUGCUGUUGGUGUUUCGUUUGGAAGAUUAAUCCUUAAUUCCAUCAGACCUGGCAUGGAAGAAUUAGGAAGGCUUCCAGGAACAGACAUUUUCUGUGACAAGGCACAAUAUCCUGGGGUUCUUGAUGUUCCAGGUGUUUUCAUAAUUCGCCUCAACUCUGGCUCCUUUUGUUUUGCAAAUGCAAGUCCCAUUAAAGAAAGGAUUACUAGAUGGGCAACCAAGGAGAAUGAAAAGGAAGAGGGAAACAAACCGACUAAUGGAAUCAUUCUAGACAUGUCGAGUGUCAUGAGCAUUGACUCUUCAGGAAUUAUAGCAUUGGAAGAAAUUCACAAGAAACUCCUUUUAAGAAACAUACAUUUAGCUAUCACCAAUCCAAGAUGGAAAGUGAUUCACAAGCUAAAACUAGCAGGGUUUGUCGACAAAGUUGGAACUGAUUGUAUUUUCCUCACGGUUAAUGAAGCUGUUGAUGCAUGUCUCAGUUCCAGAUCUAUUGACAAUUGUUUAUGAUACCGGAUAAUAGUUGAAUUGAAGGACUUAUCAAGCCAAUCUCGUUUGUUUUAUACAAUAAUGGUUGAGGUCUAAAUAUCAUUAAGCACCUCGUAUGUUUACAAUGAUGAUGAAUUAGGUGUGUUAUAUUUCUCGACAUUCAGUAAGUUCCCAUUCUGUGAAAGGUAAUGUAAUGAACUUUCAUCAUUUCUAGUCAAGUUAUUUUGACUAGUUUAUUCUUCAUUCGUAUUGUUAUAAAUAUGAGGAUCAGUUAAUUUCUGAAU